AUGGCACCGACUUUCGAUGGCUUCAUCACGGCUCACGAUGCCCACACCCCUGCCAGUCUGGCCACGCGCGACCUGGAGGAUCCAACACACACGCAGAAGGUGACGCUGGGAGUCAUCGCGGCGUACGUGGUGGGAAUCGCCAUCCUGUGGAACGUUCCCUACCUGCGCAUGGUCCUGUGGCCCUUCAAGAUGCUUGUCAUUGCCUUCCAUGAGUUCGGCCACGCUAUCACGGCCAUUCUGACCGGCGGCCGUGUCGAGUCUAUCAGUCUAGACCCCCAUGAGGGCGGGGUGACGCACAUGGCCGGCGGCAUCAGCGCCAUCACCCUGCCGGCGGGAUACCUGGGCUCGUCUAUCAUCGGCGCGGUGCUGACCAUGUGCGGCUUCAACAUCAACGCCUCCAAAAUCCUCAGCAUCGUCUUGGGCGUGUGCUUCCUGCUCACGUUGUGGUGGGGCAAGCGCGACUGGCUGACCAUCAUGACCAUCCUCCUGGCCGUCGGUCUCCUCAUCGGCUGCUGGUUCAUCAACCACGCCGAGGCCCUUCGCUUCGUCGUCCUCUUCAUCGGUGUCAUGUCGUCGCUGUACAGCGUCUGGGAUAUCUGUGACGAUCUCAUCCUGCGCAAGGUCAACUCGUCGGACGCAGCCGUCUUUGCUAAGCGGUACGGCGGCUCGUCCCGCUGCUGGGGCGUCAUCUGGUCUAUCAUCUCGGUCUGCUUCAUGGCUAUCGGCAUCGUCGCUGGUCUGGCUGCCUUUCCCCAGUCAUUUGCCCAGCAGCAAAAGGAUGCUCAGGCUUUCUUGCCUACGUAA